ACACUCAAAGGUAGAAGAAGUUUGAUGGGAUUGUUUGCGAGAGGAAAGGAAAAGGACAGGCGUUCAGAAUCGCCUCCACCGGUCCCCUCGCUGCCCAUCCGAUCCGGCUCGACACCUGCGACGCCAGUGCAUCCAGUCACGAUAUCUUCUUCACCUGCGAUAUCAACACCGACCACUGCUGUGCCAUCGCCACACCCAGAUCAAACGCCUCAGGUCCGAGCACCAAAGAGGAUUCCACCCCCUGCAUUGAACGUUGUGGUUACAUCUCCACAGUCUCAACAACCACAGAUGCAUGACCUUAGGCCACCUCCACCCAUUUCUAUCCCUCAGAAGUCAGCAACUCCACCUCCCUCCUCUUCCACGAGACACGCCAUCCCACGCAAGCAAUCGUCUGCUUCCACACUUUCGCCCACUACUGGAUUGAAGCCUAAUUCUGCGCCCUCGACCAUUCAAGGAUUCAAAGGUCUAUCCUUGCGACCCAUGUCCACCAUGUUUAGUUCCAUGCCCGCUGAUUACCUUUCGAAUUCGGCUGCGAACCCUCCUCUUCCGACUGCAGGCUACAUGUCACCAUCUACGAGUGGACAUUUUAGCACGCAAUCUCCUACCACGCCAUCUCUCUGGAGCUCGCGCUCCGAAUCCAUCUCGACCGGCUCUUCGGAGCUUCCUCUUCACACUCCUGGACUCAUGCAUUCCUUGAACUCUAGCUCCUUUACAGAUGGGAGUGGACCUAAUUCGCCUUCCACAAUGCAGAAGCAACUCCAUGGGGCGAAAGAGGUUUAUAAGCAUCAUAUAGCCGAGUUGGAGGCACAGGUUGCUGCGCUCAAGGCUGAGGUUGCAGAACUCAAGCAAUGCCCAUGCCCAUCUUGUGGAUUCCUUGGUGGUGGAUCCAGUUCAGGCGAAAAGACGAGUGUAGUCCAUCGCCCACGAGCAAAAACAGCUGCUG